ACAAUCUGCAGCACAUUUGGAUGCCCAUCAAAUAGAUCAAAGGUUUGCAUUUGAAUAAUACUCAGGGGCAAAGAUCAAAGAACCCAAGAGACGAAACAUUAUCCAUACGAUAUAGAAAGGCAAAGAAGGCAACUUUUCGUUGUUCUCUACAUUCACAAAAAUCGACCCUUAUCGACGAAUCUAUAUGGCUGCAGAAAAUGAAACAUCUUUCAAGAGCGACAAUCAGAUUCAUCCACCAUUUGCCACCAGAAUUUGCCAAACGUUCAUGUUUUCAAAAAGAAAAGAAAAGAAAAUUAAAGGGGAAAACAGAGUCUGGCAGAAAUUCAAAGCAGCUGCCAGCUCAAAUCCAAGGGCGUCUCCACAUUAAAUGAACAGCAGUAUUGAAUGUAAGCACAAAUCAAUUAAGAAAGGUAAAUUAAUUUCCCCGUGAUAGGGAGAGACGAGAGGAAACAAACUACAGAAAAUUGAAUCAAAUCCCAACUGUAUCCAUGGCCAUCAGAAUACCGUUAUCACAAACGUUCUUGUGUUUUUCCCAGGAAAAAAACAGAGGAAGACAGAAAACCAAAUUAACGAAGUCAAUGUGGGGGGGAAAACAAAAACGAAGAACACGGAAGAAACUCCACCAGACAAUACCCACAAAAGGCGCGACAGAAACAAGCAAAUUGGGCUACCUUGAUCUCGAGCUCCGGAAUACCAAUCCCCAAACAAAAUGAGAUCGGAAAGCCAGACAGUAAGACCCAAUUAGAAAAAUUGGAAUGUGGAGCUGAUUGAGGAGAGAAAAAAACAAACAGAAAGGGAUAUGAAGAGAGAACGCACCGCUGCAGGGAAAGGCGACGCGCCGGGGUGGUGGAACGAAGAAGAGGGAAGCAGUCGACGGCGGCGGAGGUGACGACCGUGGUUGUGGUGUUGGAGGGGUGGAGAAAGAAAGGGGAAGGAUGCCGCAAGGGAGUUUAUGUAGAAGAUGGGAAUUUGGAGCUAGCUAAAAUUAGCAGGGAGUCACCAGACCAGACAUGGAAAGCAGGAGGGAGAAGAAGAAUGAGAGAAAAGAAAGGAAGAGGAGACCGAAACAGAAUAGGAAUGGAAUACAGAGGAGAGAGAGAGAUUAGACACGUGGAACGAUUGGAUUGGAGGCGACUUUUUCUCUUGUGUGUCCCCUCGCUGCACUGGAUCCUAUCCAUCUUUUACCGCCCCCGUUUUUUUUCUUUUUUUCUCUCGUUUAUUUCAUUUUUUUAUGAUUAAUCUCCAGAUUGGGAAUUGCCGAUUUGCCCUGAAUGCUGAAUUGAACUGAAGAGGCUACUCUAAUGGCGGGAGAACGGCAGCGUUUGCCAUCACCAACGUCUCUUAUCCAACCCUGAUUCUCAGAUUGUGGAGUCAGCCAUUGAAGCUUUGGUGCUCUCAUCUGGGCGGGAGUGUUAACACUUCCACUCUACUUGUUCUUGCCUUGCUUCAGGUGGGUUUUUCUUCUUUCCCCCUUUCUGUUCAAGACUUCCUAUGCCGAUUGAUUGAUUGAUUCCUCGUUGCAUGGUUUAGUUUCUAGAAUUGGCUUGGCUAUUGCUCCUUUUUAAUUUGUUGCGAAAUUCAGAAAUAACGGUGGAAAGUUGCGUUCUUUCUGCGUUUCUGCCUUCUCUUAGCAAUAUAUGUUUAAGGGCAUCUUCGAUUGAAGCAACCGCAUUGGUCUUUCUGCAACCCAUUAUUCAAAAUUCUCUACCUUCGAUUUUCUCAGGAGUUAUUCACUGUACGAGCUGCACAUCAUCGCUGUCUUUUGGCGUAUGUGGUAGAUUAGAAUGGGUUCAUUGCGCAGUUGUAAUCUAGUAUGCUGCCAGCAGCAAUUUCCUCCUAUGGGAGCUUGCCUGCUUAGAAAGACUGGUGAUCUCAGGAUCUCUAGGUCUGCGUCAUUUGUUCGUAAUAGCAAUGAUGGGAGGAAGCUAAGGGCGACGCUAUCUGUCGAGGAACUUCCCCCAAAUGCAUUCCGCCGGAAGAAUGACCCAAAAUGGAGGGGAGGGUUCAGUCUUGGGGUGGAUCUUGGACUGUCUCGAACGGGUAUUGCCCUUAGCAAAGGCUUCACCGUUCGUCCUCUCAUGGUGCUGGAAAUGCGAGGACAAAAGCUUGAGCUACGGCUUCUUGAGAUUGCAGAACGUGAGGAGGUAGAUGAGUUUAUAGUUGGUCUUCCUAGAUCCUCAGAUAGCAAGGAGACCCCUCAGUCCAACAAAGUUCGUAGUGUUGCUGGAAGACUUGCUGCUCGAGCUGCUGAAAGGGGCUGGAGAGUAUACUUACAAGAUGAACAUGGUACAACCACAGAUGCCAUGAACCGUAUGAUUAACACGGGACUCGACAAGGAAACUCGACAAAAGCAAAUCGAUGCAUAUGCUGCUGUGAUGUUGUUAGAAAGGUACUUUUCCAGGUCGGGCAGUGGAACUGAGCUUGUAGUACCGAAGCAAUUGGAUCUACAAGAUAAGAUAAGAAAGGGUCCACCAAAGGAUAUUGACUUUUAUCCAGAUGAAUAACGGUACUACCUAUUUUCCAACUUCAAUUGCUUUACGCUAUCUCACAAGUUGGGGGUCUGAUAAGAGAAGCUCAAAGUUCUUACAGCUUCUUAGCAUCCUACUUCUGAUUUUGAUACGAAGUGAACCGAAAUGAACUUGCCACUUCUAUGUGGUUUUUUCCUUUAAAAGCUCUGCUCCACCGAGGGCAACCACCAUUGAAAGCUGAUUAUUGUUGCUGGUUACUUCCAGAAGGAUACUGUCAUUACUGUGAAAGAAGAAACUUUGCCGCUGUCCUUACUUCUUCCUUGUCAUUGAUUCGGAAGUGCUUAGCUACUGGAAUUCAUCACCACAGUCUCAUUUUAGCUCCUGAUUUGUCUGGAUUCCCAAAUGCGAAAGGUUGAUCCACGAACUUCACCUAAAUUUGGUGUGGUUCAGAGGGCCUGUUGGAGGACUUGAGAAGCCUGUGAAGAAUUUGCAUGACUCUUAUCCAGCUGCAGGUGCAUUGUUGAUUCACAUUCUUUCAGUUGUGCAGAGAGCUUCAUCACUCGCCGAAAACGCCAUGGCUUCUUCAUAUAUACACUGAAUGCAGCAGCUGGUAUGAAGCAGCUGCUGUGCAGAAAACGUGAGAAGCUGUAUGAAAGCAGAAGACUUGUAAUGCAAAAUUCUUGUUCUCGACACUUGGAAACACAACUUUUCCCAAACUUGUAUUCAAGAAAUACAUUCUGGGCCU